UUCGCUACUAAUACAUCAAAGUAUAUCCCCUGUAUCAAUUUGCCAGUGCGAGAUUUUCUACACCCAUACUGGCAGGAAAGUGGUAAAAACCGACCUCCAAGUAGAAGAAUGUGACUAUAGACGUCCAUUGUACUCGAAGUCGGACACUUUAUUUAUCUAUCGACUUGCAAACCGUCUCGACAAUGGGUAGAAAGACAUCAACGGCUAUGAUGCGAAUUGCGAUCGCAGGUGCUGGGGGCUUUGCAGCCCUUCUAAUCCGGGAGCUGUCUCGGACUGCCUAUGCCAUACUCGUGCUCUCAACGAAGGAUCACCCGGAAUUAGAAUCUAAUUUCGACUGCCAGGUAACCGCGGUCGACUAUUCAGACCUUGAAAAUCUCCAGUUCGCCCUUCAGGGCAUUGACCUUGUGAUAUCCACCAUCUCCGGUACAGAGCAGCUUAACCUUAUCGAUGCGGCUCGACGAGCCGGCGUACGCUGCUUCGUCCCCUCAGAGUUCGAGGGCUCCGUAAGCCAUAGACCAGCCGUAGGAACUGACCCUUUUGACAACGGCUCUUCGACGGCCUUGGAACAACUUCGACACUGGUCCCAGUCGAGACACUAUUCGAUGAAAUACACCGUUUUCUCGUGCGGCGUUUUCUACGAACGCUUUGCCCCUGGCGGCCUCCAAGCAUACAACAUGGGCGUCAGCUGUCGGAUCCGAAACCAGGGAGACUACAUGAUCGAUGUAGGCCUUGGAACUGCUGAGAUUCCGGAAACGGAUUCCCGAGGCCGCCCAGUGUAUGUCGUAAUGACAUCGGCAGUUGAUGUAGCACGAUUCGUUGCCGCUGCUGUUGAGCUGGGAAUCGACAGUUGGCCACGAGAGUUCAGAAUGCGUGGUUCUCGUUUGUCAACUCAAAGACUCCAAGAGAUUUGCAGCGAAGUCCGAGGAGUCGCUUUCAACGUUAUCAGGAGGCCAUACGAAGAAAUCGUGCAAUGGCUUCGCUACUACGAGCAGAACGGGGACGAAGUUAAAUGGUGCACGAUGCAGCAUCUUCUACAGACUGCGGAUGGUCGAUACACAUUCGGAGAAACGAACUUGAACGAUUCGGUAGACAUACAGCCAACAAGCUUUCGACAGUGGCUAUACGACACAUGGGGUCCGGCAUAGUAAUACCAUUGUCGACAACAAUAAUAUAACUAGGCUAACUACCCCCACCGCCGUUUUCUUCUGCACCUCGACUUAUUCUGCCCCUUUGAGAUCUGUUGGUCGCGUUUAUACUUGGGGCGGCCCGUUUCGAGCACCAUGUGUGGCCUGUCUGUUAUAAUAGACCCAUCU